AUCAGAUGCUACCAGGCAUAAAAACGAGACCUGCCUAUUCUGCUAAUGCCAGUGCUUGCCAAUCUCUAUCCUUGAACUCUCACACCUCUAAGUUCAACUUCUAAUCAGAUAAAGAUAACAACACCAAGCCAAGAUGUCCGACAAAAAGAUGUCAUCGAGUCGCAAGCAUCAUCUGAAGAGCUUGAUGCUUCAGAUUGCUUCAACACGGCUUGAAGAAGAGGCAGCUGAGAUUGUAAUAGCAAAGAAGGCCUACCUGGAGGAGCAUUGCCCUGCCCUUAGUCUACCUGGCAGUGUUGAGGAACUUCAGAAACUGAUCAAAGACAUCCACGGCAAGAUUGACAAAGUGGAUGAGGAGAGAUACGACGCAGAUGCCAAAGUGACAAAGGGACAAAAGGAGAUAGACGACCUCAAUAUCAAGGUAACAGAGAUAAAGGGCAUGAAGAAGCCAGCUCUGAAGAAAGUACGUUUGUCUGCCGAUCAGAUGCUUCAGGCUCUGCUGGGCUCAAAGCACAAGGUUACCAUGGACUUGAGGUCCAACCUGAAGCAGGUGAAGAAGGAGGUCAAGCAGGAGACUGCAGCUGCUGGUGAUUGGCGCCAGAACGUUGAGGACAAGAAGGACAGAAAGAAGAUGUUUGAGGGCGCUGAGGCAUAAAUUUAAGAGGCACCAGGAGUAGCCUCAAAACAUUGUAACCAUGGACAAUGUGGAUGGAAGAAAAAGACCAACUUUUGUGCUUUCAUGUUGCCUGUAUUUUUUUCUUGACAGAAACAAAUGCCUUCCAUUCUCAAAUGUACUCCAUAUGCUGUAUAUAUAGCAGACAUAUUUGCUAUAGACUACAAUCAUUAAACAACGAUUUUUAAAGAACCCCUUAGUUUUGACUUUUUUAUGCAUUACGUUUUUUUUACACACGGUCAGUAGUAUUGAGUCAUGAGUCUGAUUCCUUCCACAAGAUGUCGACAGAGAUCUGUCAGAUCUCCUCCCACACAGUCUCCCCCCAAUCACACACACACCCUAAACACAUCAUGACUACGCUCUCUUUCGUCACUCUCUCUCUCUCUCACAUACACACACACACACACACACACACACACACACACACACACCCUAAACACACCAUAUAUACACUCUCUCUCGUAUGUAAUGUAACUGCAGCCAUAUCAUUUUUAUUUUGUAAUGCAUGUUAGCAGUGCAAGUGGAAACAUGAGUUGGUGAAAUGGUGAGUUAUACUUUACUUUCCCUGACAAAACAAUUAUUUAUUUGAAUGAAACAAUAAUGUCUCUGAUUAUAUGAAAUACAUGAAAAAUACAUUGAUUCAGUCUGUAAAGAAACGUUACAUGUGUGUUUGAGCAAACUUGGUCCUGAAGUUGUCUCCUUUAAAGGGUCAAGAGGACAUGGGAAUGGGCCAGAGAGUGAGUCAAUGGCAAGACCGCAACACAAAAAAAUAUCUCCCCCUCUGACUCAUGUUUAUAUUACAGGCGCAGGGGAUGGAACCAAUGACCUUUCAGUACCAGCCUAGACAACCUUUAGGAGCCCUGUGCUGUCAGCCCAAGCUGCUAAGUCUGGAUGCUGUCCCCGUUUGCAUUACCAUAAAGAGAAAGGUCCUUUUUUCUGCUGUGGGAUUCUGCCUGCCUUAUAUACCAGAUCUGACUCUUGCGCUGAUGCUAGUGGUCGCCCGCCUCUGCCCUUGAACUCUCGCCACCCAGUUUCUCGUCAGGUAAAGAGAAAAACAUCAACAGCCAAGAUGUCUGAG